UAGAUUUUAAUAUGCCUCGUACUCAUCCCCCGGAAUGGAGGGAGUGGGCCUACUACGGGUACCCGAUAACCCAACAAGAGGGGGUCUGGCCCAUGCCGUCCCAAACGCUUACCCACCGGGGCCCUCCAGGCCUAGACGCCAGGGGCUGCCUCUAGCAUCUGAAGACAUCAUAAUGAAGGUUGGGUCUUGGCCCGUGGACACUCCAAGCCCCAGGGAGCUAGGCUUCUAUCCCCAGAGGGGUGAUUCUGGGAUGGGCAGGGGAUGCAAGGGGUUAACAGCUAUGGAGCUCCUCUUAGCUCUGGCUUAGAGGUAAGAGGUCCGUGAAGAGAACUGGAUCGAUUUAUGGGUGGUAGAGAAAGUUCCUUUUACCAGGUCACAAUAUGGGGGAGUAAAAAGUACACGAGUUUUACAUGUAGAAAGAGUUCCAAUUCAAUAUGAUAUGGUGAUUAACAACAUUGACUAUGCAAUUGGGCUGCCUACCUUUGGUCUACUACUAACUGACCCACGUUUCUUUCUGUGCCUCAGUUUUUCCAUCUGUAGAGUGGGGAUAAUAGUACCUAACCUAUAAGAUUGCAGUGAGGGUUAACUACAUGCAGUUAAUUCAUGUAGAGCACUUAGAACUGUGGCGCAAGUAAACCCUCAGGCAAUGUCAUCUAUUGUUACUAUUAGUAAAUUCUGGUAGCCACUACUUACUAGCUUAAUGACCUUGGGCAUUCUUUCUCAACCCCUCUGAAUCACCUUUCUUACCUCUGCAAGAUUAUUGUGAGGAUUAAAAUAAAUAAUACAAAUAAAGCAGAUGUUAGGUCAUCAACAAAUGUUAAUUAUCUCCAUGCUCCCACAUCAGCCUUAAAACGAUGAGGCAACUAUAUGGCACCAAACUCUGGCUCUAUUAAGGAGAUUUUUACUUUGGGCCUUGAAUUUCCUCUGCCCUUUAACCUUACUGGGCUAAGUAGCGUCAGUGGAUACCAUUAAAUAUCUUACCUGCCUAAAGUCGCAAAUAGUACAGACAGAUAAAAAGAAGCAGAGGAAGAGGAGAUAAAGGAGGGUAUAUAUUGUCUAGACUACUUGAGUCAUAGCAACUUCUUUUGGAUUCUGUCAGCUUGCUUUCACACAAUCCAAAAAUGGCCUGUAGGGCUAGAGGGACCAAGAUGUAGGUUUUUGGUGCAUUUGUAUUAGUUGUGAACAAACUCAAACAUGGCUUUACUGUAGGUUUUUUGUUUUGUGUGUGUGUUUUUUUUUGUUGUUUUUUUUUUGUUUUGUUUGUUUGUUUGGUUUUUUUUUUUGCUGGUUUCUAAGUAGUCUGUUCCAUUCUCUGUUUUCUGGGUUGCUAGGAUGGACAGGAGCCACAGUACAUUUUAUUAGCUUUGGUUAUUAUUAAGUCGUGUCUCUGGUCCUUCCCUCUGUCACUUUGGCUGCGGCUGGGUCCUUCCAGAGCUCCUUUAUCUAGUGGCCCUCCCUACAUUUCCCCAGCUACUGAACAGGUUCCUCAUCAUCGUCCAGGGAUGUUGUGUGUAUUGCAUUACAGAGUCUGAUCACCAUCAUCACAUGUGCCUUUUGGGAGUGCCAGGAAUUUUCCCACACACCAGCGACCAGUCACUUUUCUUUUUGUCAGGAGAAGACAUCCUGGGGGAUAUUGCACAAGGGGAGACUUUGGGGCUGGGUUUGGGCCAGUCUCCUAGUCCUGCCCUUCCUUUGGUUGAUGCUCUGGGCAAGGUGUAUACCUCCGGCCUGGACUAAGUGCUCAUCUCACUUCUCAGCACCAUCGUCAUGUUGAGCUGCCUUUUCCUCCUGAAGGCAUUUCUUGCUCUUGGGUCCCUGAUAUCCUGGGUGGCUUCUGGAGAGCAUGUGAAAGAAGGAGAAUGCCCUCCUAAUAAGAACCUGUGCAAAGAGCUGUGCUGGGGGGACGAAUCAUGUCCAGCUGGGCAGAAGUGCUGCAGCAACGGCUGUGGUCGGGUCUGCCGAGGAGGCAUUCCGAAGGGGAGGAAAGGAGAUUGUCCCAGGGCUGUUCGGAAACAGUCCUGUUUCCAAAGGUGCGUCACUGAUGAGACUUGUCCAGGUAGAAAGAAAUGCUGCGCGUUUGGCUGCAACAAGAGCUGUGUGGUCCCAGUCUCUCAACCAAAGCUGGAGCCUGGAGGUGAAUGUCCGGCUGACCCCCUUCCGUGUAAGGAGUUGUGUGAUGGGGACGUGUCCUGCCCCCAGGGGCUUAAAUGCUGUAGCACCGGCUGUGGCCACUCCUGCCGUGGAGACAUUAAGGGAGGGCGGAGUGGUGAUUGUCCAAAUAUUUUGGUGGGCUUGUGCAUCGUCAGUUGCAUGACGGAUGAGAACUGCCAGGCCGGGGAAAAGUGCUGCAAGUCAGGCUGCGGCCGCUUCUGUGUCCCACCAAUUCUGCGAGCCGAAAUGGCCACAAACCCCAGCUGGACCCUCAGGUCUGAUUCUGAAUUAGAGACCCGGGUGUCCUAGCUGUCCUGAGCUGCUACAGGGGGCUUGUUCUGGCUGCCAGGAGAGGGAGAUAUCCUGGGGCUGUGACCCUCCGGGGGGCUCUCACUGCCCUCCCUGCUCUGCUUCUGUUCCUGCUGCUGCCCUGAGCGUGGGAAUAUAGCCGUGGAUUUGGGCAAUGGUGUUCGGUGCUGCUUGUCCCCAGUAAAGGCUCAUGCUGACCUUCUUGUCUGUGCUGUUUGAGGGCUAGGAUGAGGAGAGAGAGCUAGGGGGUCUGAGCAUGGCUGCAGGAUUAUGGCACCUUAGGCAAUCCAUCCUUUCUGAGAACACUGAAAUGUUGCUGCUCAGGUGGGGAGGGCAGAGGAGGGUGGGAGCUCAACAGACUUGCCCCAGAAGUCUCUCUCAAGCCUCAGGAGUGGGACCCUCAGGCCUCUUCUUGGGCCUGCUGACCUUUCUUUUAUCAGAAUGUGAGUUGGGCUUGGAACUGGUUUACUGCAGUCGUUUGGAUGUUCCUACCUUGGACCUCCUUCCUUAGGGGCUGGCCCGUGGCUCCAAGACAGGCAGUAAGUCCCCUCCAGGUCACUUUGCUGUAGGGAGGAAUUAUCUUUAGGUUCUUGGAAUCAAGAUCAGUUUUUAAAAAUUAUAUUUGUUAGAGGGCAUCUGGGUG